AUGUCUCUCUCCCCAUGCCGAGCCCAGAGGGGCUUCAGUGCUCGCUCAGCGUGUUCUACUUUUUCAGGGGCUCGAGGCAGGGCUGGCUUCAGCAGCAGGAGCCUGAGCUCCUCUAGGAGAUGCAGAGGAAGCUCUGGUGGGAGGGCCUGGGGAGCAGAGGCCAGGCAAGGGGUACGGUUUGUCCAGAGGAGUGGAAGCCCUGGUCUUUCUCAGUGCCCUCCUGGGGGCAUCCAAGCGGUGACCGUCAACCAGAGUCUGCUGACCCCACUGAAGAUUGAGGUUGACCCCCAGUUCCAGGUGGUGAAGACGCAGGAGACUCAAGAGAUAAGAACCCUCAACAACCAGUUUGCUUCCUUCAUUGACAAGGUGCGCUUCCUGGAGCAGCAGAACAAGGUUUUGGAGACCAAAUGGGAGCUGCUGCAGCAGCUGCAGGGGAGCCACAGCCCUCAGGGCCUGGAGCACAUCUUUGAAGCCUGCCUGGCCCGGCUCAGGCAGCAGCUGGAGGAGCUGCAGAGAGAGCGAGGGGCUCUGGAUUCUGAACUGAAGACCUACCAGGAUCAGGAGGAAGAGUUCAAGUCCAAGUAUGGCCAGGAAGCUCACAAGCAUGCCUCAGUGCAGAAUGACUUUGUGGUUCUUAAGAAGGAUGUGGAUGAGGUUUUCCAGAGCAAGAUGGAUUUGGAAGGCAAACUGGAGUCUCUGAGAGAACACAUCUGCUUCUUGACACGUCUGUAUGAAGAAGAACUGAGACAGCUGCAGACUCAGGCAGAUGACAUGUCUGUGGUGUUGUCCAUGGAUAACAACCGUUGCUUGGACUUCAGCGACAUCAUUGCCGAGGUCCGUGCCCAGUAUGAGGAGAUCACGCGGACAAGCAAGGCUGAGGCAGAGGCUGUGUUCCAGACCAAGUACCAGGAACUUCAGACAUCAGCCCAGCUUCAAGAGGACAACCUAAAGGAAGCCCGGAUGCAGAUUUCCCAGCUUCGGCAGGCCGUGCAGAGGCUGCAGAGUCAGAUCGCGAGCCUCAAGAUGCAGAACGACAGUCUGCAAUCGGCCAUUGCUGAUGCUGAGCAGCAGGGGGAGAUGACUCUGAGGGAGGCCAAGGCCAAGCUGGAUGAACUGGAGGAUGCUCUAAGAACAGCCAAGCAGGACAUGGCCCGAAUGCUGCGCGAGUACCAGGAACUGUUGGGCACAAAGUUGUCCUUGGAUGUGGAGAUUGCCACAUAUCGAAGGCUGCUGGAGAGUGAGGAGUGCAGGAUGUCUAAGGAGUACACCAGCCAGGUCACUGUCUCCACGGCAGAAGGCAGUGUUGUUGUCCCUGGAGGAGUUGGUGGAGGCAAAGUGGUCAUGCCUGGAAGAAUUGGAGGAGGCCAAAUGGUUGUGCCUGGAGGAGAUCAUAGAGGCCAAAUGGUCAUGCCUGGAGGAGAUCAUAGAGGCCAAAUGGUUGUGCCUGGAGGAGUUGAUGGAGGCCAAAUGGUUGUGCCUGGAGGACAUUGUAGAGGCCAAAUGGUCAUGCCUGGAGAUCGUAGAGGCCAAAUGGUCAUGCCUGGAGAAGUUGAUGGAGGCCAAGUUGUAAUGCCUGGAGAAGACUGUAGAGGCCAAAUGGUCAUGCCUGGAGAAGAUCGUAGAAGCCAAAUGGUCACGCCUGGAGAAGACUGUAGAGGCCAAAUGGUCAUGCCUGGAGGAGAUCGUAGAGGCCAGAUGGUCAUGCCUGGAGGAGAUCGUAGAGGCCAGAUGGUCAUGCCUGGAGGAGAUCAUAGAGGCCAAAUGGUCAUGCCUGGAGGGGACUGUAGAAGCCAAAUGGUUGUGCCUGGAGGAGCUAAUGGAGGCCAAAUGGUCAUGCCUGGAGGAGAUUGUAGAGGCCAAAUGGUCAUGCCUGGAGGAGAUCAUAGAGACCAAAUGGUCAUGCCUGGAGGAGAUUGUGAAGGCCAAAUGGUCAUGCCUGGAGGAGAUCAUAGAGACCAAAUGGUCAUGCCUGGAGGAGAUUGUAGAGGCCAAAUGGUCAUGCCUGGAGGAGAUUGUAGAGGCCAAAUGGUCAUGCCUGGGGGAGUUGGUGAUGAUCAAGUGGGCACUUGUGACCUCAGAGGUUGGAAAGGCAGCUUUGGGUCUGGAGGCUGCUCUAGCAUUGUAACUGGGGGCUUUGAUAUUCCCCAUGGAUCUGGGUGCAGUCCCAGUAUGGGUUCCUGCUCUGUGUCAGGCUCUGGUUUCAGUUCUGGCUCUGGCUCCUGCUGCCGCACCAUCCUGAAGAAGACAGUGGAAUCAAGUCGGAAGACAUCUGUCAUUUACUGA